AUGUCAGUCAUUCAAUUAUCACUAUAUAUUCAAACAUAUGUUAUUAGAUUGUUGAUUGAUUCUAACCUAAAUGAAGACAAAGACACUUAUAAAGGAGGCGAGUUUUGGUACAUAGUGUUUAAUGGAGAAAAGAGAAGACAACAACCAAUGACAAUCAAAAUGAAUGUGAUCGACAUUGCAUUGGUUUCAAAGUGGUGGUUAAAAGUGGUUCGAGAAAGAAGAUCAAUGUUUAUUAGUGGUCAUUUGAACGAUGCGAUACUCGAAUCAAUACAACAUUCAAAUAGAUACUCUAUCUUUUCAUCAAAUAGUAUACGUACUUUAAAAUGGUCAUUAAAAGAUAUAAUCAAUGUUGAUCUCUCUGAUCAACCAAAAUUUAAUUAUGAAACUAGAUUGAUACCACUAUUACCUCAACUACAAACAAUCAACAUCAGAUUCGAUGGAAAUGUGAACCUACUGGUUUUGAAAGCAUUAAAGUCGAUACAUAAACACUACAACAUUCAGAUCAACACUGACUUUGAUCUCAAUGGAGAACAUAAAGAACAAUCUAUGAUAAAAUGGCCAAACUCAUCUUGGGAAGGGUUUACACCUGACACUGUAUCAUUGUCAAUCAGAGACUUUGAACCAGAAACAUUUACUCAUCAUACCUAUCACAACGAUUUUAUCGAUAUAGUCAGGAUGCUUAAACCAGAAUCACUCAAUUUGUAUGCUAACCUUGAAGAUGUAAACCAACAUAUCAAUUAUAGUUAUAUAUUUAAAUACCUACCAUCAAUCAAGCAUAUCAACAUUGGUCAAGACUAUGUCGAGUUGAACCAUUUAAAAGAUUUUAUUGCAACUGCUACCCAAUUGGAAUCACUCAAAGUCGAUAUAAUAUCCACCACUUGUUUGGUUGGAACCCCUUCAGAUUCAGAUUUGGAUUCAAACUCUUCAAUUAAAGAUUGGGUUGGAUUUUGUGAUGGUAUAGCCAACCACAAGACUCUCAAACGAUUACAUCUUUGUGAAUACUCGGAAUCUCAAAAACGAGCAAUACAAUCAGAUCAAUUCACAACAUUCAAGUUGGCAUUUGAAUCUAUCUGGAGUAGUGGAAAGAAACCAACCAAGAUUGACUAUCUUGCAUUGGAUGAAUUGCCAGAAUUGAUGACUAACAACAUGUGGAAAACACUUUACAAUGUUAAUUGUACAUGUCACAAUAUCACCAAAUUAUUAUUGACCGAUGGAACAGUGACCUUUGACAUGGUUUCAUCUCUAUCACGUCUAAUUGCCACCACCACAACGAUUACAGUUCUAUCAAUUAGAGACAACAAUUUGUAUUUAAGUACAGACUUGGCAGAAGCAUUUAAAAAAAGCAAAACAAUCACAGUCUUGGAUGUUGGUGGCAAUUUUUGCUGGAGAAAUGCUGGAGAUGAUAAUGAUCAACGUGCUACUUUGUUCAAUGCCUUGAUGUGCAGUGAUACGGUACAAUAUCUAUUCCUCGAUCGUUUUUUGACAAACAAAAUACAAUCUUCCAAUUAUAAUUAUUUUAGUCAUUCAAAAUCAUUAAAAGAGUAUUCAAUAAUUGAAAACCUACAUGAUUUUGAAUUAUUCUUUAACAAUAGUUUAUUUAAAGAAUAA